GCCAGAUCAAGAUGGCGGAGACGCUAGCUGGUAAGCUGGUUGUCGUAAGUGCUUUUCGUAUCUAUGCAACUCGAAACCUUGCCAUAAUGUACGAAAGCCGAAAUGCAAAUUGCCCAGGUGAUUACAAAUAAUUUUGUGCAACUAAAGUUGUGAGACCAAGUGUAAUUUCGCACUUCGCAGCUGCUUUUGGUUGUACAGGUAUAAGUCAAAAUGACUACUCAAUAUACAAGAAGUGUUUUAAAAAUGGUGGUAGCUCAAAUUUGUCAGACUAUUGGCUGGCAUUCUAUUAAUUCCACACCACUGGAAUUCAUGGUUGAUUUAAUGCAGGAAUACAUUUUUCAACUUUCAAAACUUACCCAACAAUAUGCCCAAGUUUUGGGAAGAAGCGAAUCCAAUUUAGAUGAUUUAGGUUUAGCUUUUCGACAUAUGAAUAUUGAUUUACAAGAAUUAGCAGAAUAUGUUAAAAAUGUUGAUUCUGUACCAUGUGUCGUUGCUGUUCCAAAAUUACCAAUUCACAGAGAUAGCCAUUUGAAUUUUUUGAAGCCAGGCAGUCGAGAAGUAGUGACUCGACCUGUUUAUGUACAUGAACAUCUACCUCCUAUGUACCCUGGUUCAGAAGAAGAAUAUCCAGCAGAAGUUAUCAAAACAGAAAACGAAAGUGCAGUUCCAACAAAUGAAACAAUAAAUAAUUCAGAAGAAGACUCUAUCGAAAAUAUCACGCCGAUCGCAAAUGGUCUCGCGAAUGAAGAUAAUUCAAGCAAAGUUUCUCCACAAGCAGUAUUCAAAAGGCCUGGAGAUCCAAUUUCGUUUGAUGGACCAGUUGUUAAACGUAUAAAAACAACGGAUGAAGGACGUCCUCUUCGUGAAAUACACAGCGUUAUUAUGACUACCUCUGGUUUCUUAUCUACUGCGCGAGAAGGAAAGCUUCCAGAGGCAAGAACACCUCAACAGGCUCGGACAGAGUCUCCUCCACCUCCACCCUUACCCACACCUUAUCCUCCUAAUCCUCCUGAAGCAAACAAGGUUGAAAAAAAAAUCAAAAAGAAAGUUUCUGUAGGUUCAGAAGAUGGUAAACCAGAAAAUAAAGAAAACAAAAAGAAGAAAAUUCCCAAAGAUAUAUUAUUUAAACCAGAUGAAAUUAAAGAAACUAAAGUUAAAAAGUUAGCUGGUAUGAAAGAGUUAGCUAAACUUAAAGUUUUAAAAGGUACUAAAGUUGGAAGUCCUAAUCUGGCCGGACCUUCUGCAGGUAAAGUAGUUGGCGACAGCCCGAAGUAUGUGAAAAAUGCUAUUCCGAAGAUGAAAAUGGAUAAAAGUGUCGACGUCGUGCACCAUUCUGGAGUUCAAAUGGUGAACAACGUUAAAGAGGAAUCUGUUGACAAACUUCCGAUCGAACCAGACAAACAGAAGCUGACCAUUUUCAAAAAAAUUUCCAAAUCUAAAGAUGAUAAGGAUAGAGAACAAUUAGAUUUACAACAAAAAUAUAAAGAAUUGAACUCACGCGAAAAUUCACCGUGCGUCUCAGUAGACGACGACCGACAUCGCAAUGACGUAACUGUCAAACAGGAGGACAAGAAGCCAAACUUCCAAAAUACAGUACUGAACAAUAAUAUUUUGCGAGCACCUGGAACGGAGGAUGGUAUGUCACACUUGAUGAGUCCUGGUUCGGACGUGUACAUUUUUGAUGAUAUAUCAUCGCCAGGAACACCGAGUACUCCGAAAACUCCUGAGCUCAGCCUUCCCAAUGUACCUUUCGAGAAAAAGAAGAAGAAGGAUAAAAGUGGCAAAAAAAAGGAACCAAAGAUUAAACCUCCGAAAAGUUCCAUUAGUCCAAAGAAGGCCCGAUGGUCAAACGACUUGAACGAUGCAGCCGUGCUGGAUAGGCCAAAGACUCCCCAGGGUCCAGAGCAGCCACUUGCCCGUGAUAUCAAUGCAACGCCAACAUUACCGAUACCAUAUCCAUUUCCUCCAACUCCAGGCCUUAUACCUCCACCAAUGUUUCCAAUGCAUCCCAUACCAAAAGAUAUGAUGAGACCACCAAAUCUUGUACCGGGAAUGUUGCCAAAUAUGUUGCAGCAACGUUUUAUGCCGCCUUACAACUACGGACCAGGACUUAUUCCACGGCCUAGAUUUCCCAUACCUUCUAUGCCUAGAGGUAUGUCAAAUGCUUUUAACAAUCCUGUGAUGCCAGGUAUGCCACCACCAGCUCCACCGCGGCCACGUUUUCUUAAACCAGAGCCACCUAAAAUUGAAGAAUUAAAACCUCCAGUAAUUAUUCAACCACUGCCGCAGCCAGUUCCUUCGUCAUUUGUCGAGCCUCUUCAAGUCAUUAAAUCUGAAAAGAUUGAAAAAUCCGACAAGAAAUCCAAAGAGCAUAAAAAAGAAAAAAAGGAUAAGAUGAAGAAAAAAAAAGAGAAGAAAGAGAAACACAAAGAUAAGGGAGAAAAGAUUAAGGAAAAAAAGGAUAAGCUAGAGAAGAAAGACAAAUUAGAGAGAAUAAAGGAAAAGAAAGAGAAGAAAGAGAAAAAGGAAAAGAGAAAAGAAAAAGAGAAGGAAGAAGGAGUUCCCAAACUUACUUUAAAAUUAGGACCAGCAGGAGGCUCUCCUCGACCCCCCACACCUGAUAGUGCCUUAAUGAAGAAAAUAACGAUAAAGCCACCAAAGAGGCCAGAGGACGAGACGAAAAGAGAACUGACUCCGGAGCUUGCAAAGAUAUCAGCUCUGGUGACGCGGCCACCUAAACAGAAGUCAAGUAAGAAAGCGGAGGAAGGGCACUUAGAGGCCUAUGCCACUCUUCCUUCAGAAGCUUCUUUCUCUAACUCACUUGAUCCUAAUCCUAAGAUCAAGAAACCUAUAUUCAAAACCUUACCUCUUCGAGAACCAUUGCCUGUUCCUUCCGCUUCUUCCUAUAUCGAUCCACAUACCUCACAACAAUUGCAACCUAGGGGAGACAUGCCGUAUUGUUACACCGAUGCUACUGGCAAACAAGUAUGGAUAUGCCCAGCUUGCGGAAAACAAGACGAUGGUUCACCUAUGAUAGGUUGCGACGAUUGUGAUGCAUGGUACCAUUGGGUUUGUGUCGGAAUACAAGUGGAGCCGGCAGAGAACACCGAUUGGUACUGUCGAUUCUGUAUAGCUAAAAAGCAAGAACAAUAUCACGACAAAAAGAAGAAGAAACGUAAGAAAAAAAAUAGAGAGGACCCUUAGUACAAAUUGGCCGGGCCAAAAGCGAAGCCCGGUUUGUCAGCUCAAGCUUUUGCGAAUAAAGUCAAGUCGGAAGGUUUGAAUAAAGUUAGAAAGAUAAUCAAGAGUGCAAAAAAGAAAAAAUUGUCGACGAGCAAAUUGGCUAAAAAGCUUGGCAAAGGCAAAUCCAAAGACAAGGAAACCGUGCUUAAAACUUCGGACUUCUUCAAAAAUAAAGACGAGACGAUGGAUCUUCAAAUAUGAUUCUAUCGUGUUUUUUGUGAUGAUUUAUAAAUGCGUCGUAUACAUUAAUAGCUCAAUUAUGUAAUUACGAGAGAAUGUUAAAGAUUAAAUAGUUGUACAUAAAUGUUAAUUAUAUAUACAAAAGUUGGAAGAACACGCUAUUACGAAAUCAUUAUGUAAUUAUACAUAAUGAAAGAAUUAUUGUAUAGACAAAUAUUGUAGAAUUGAGACAUGUAUUUCGUAAUUUAAAAUCUCUUUCAUUAUUUAGGUUUUAUAUGAGUAUAUGAAAAAGAAAUUCUGUAUUUUAUGUGUAUAUAUGGAUUUUGUAUGUGAAUAUAAAACGGUAAAAUUCAGUUUUUGCAACAAUCCAUUAAUAAUUAUUGCAAAUAUUUAUGACUUUUCUAUUAUCAGUAAACAACACUUAUUUCAAGUGAAAAUUUUAUCUCACGACGAGAAAAUUGAUAACUUCAUUAUGGACGCUAACAAUGUUGUACGUUAAAAGUCAAUAUUUAUGAUAAAAAUAAUACUUUAUUGUGAUUCAUUGUAAUUACUAUUAAUGCUUUUUGGUAUUUUCCAUUCAUAGAAUAAGAAUAUUUAUUUUUAUAUCAUUAUUUGAAAAACGUAUUCAAUCUUGUUUUUCCAAUUAUAUUUUGUACAACAAUUCUGUAAACUUACGUUUUGUCAAAAUUAGUUGUGUUCUAAUUUGCGUAAUAGAAGUCUAGUUUAUUUAGUCUUCAUUGGUAGUUUUACAAGAAUUCACAUCAU